UCCUUCACAAUUUCUUUGACAAAACAAUACCUUAAAGUUUGCCCCAGUGCUGCUGCUAGAGAUGAGACUGGUGUUGAACAAUAACAAUUCUUUCUGUAAAGUCCAUUUAUAUGAUUUCAGAAGUUCACCACUAGAGGUCACAAUAUUAUUGUUUGUUUGCAUUUUCAAUGUAUUGGAUUAAUUCAUUGUUAUAGCCUGCUGUGGUCAUGAGCUCUUUGCUCUUAUAUGUGUAUGGAAGUAUUUAUGAUCUGUUAUAUGAUGUUUGUCUUUUAGGUGCCCUCAUGUGGAACUGCAGAAGAAUCCAUCAUCUCAACCCAAAACAUUGUCAUUAUUUACUCACCCUCAUGUUUGACUUUCUAGCUUUAGAGUGAAACUGAAUGGUGGAAGACACAUGGGUUUGGAACAACAUGAGGGUGAUUAAAUCAUGACAGUAUUUAUCAUGGUUGGGUGAAGAAGUCAUAAACUCAAGACUGAAAUUUAUUGGUCAUUUGUGAAAUUGUAGAAAUGUAAAAUCUAUUUAGAACCAUUAGAAGCUUAAUCAAAUUAAUAAACGAAUAUAUAGAUCAUAAACAGUUAAUUUUACUGUCUAUUUAGCACCGUAUUAAAUCAUUUAGAUGAUUUCAUGUUCGUUCAUCUCACAUUAAUUGACUCGCUAUAAUUGUUAUUCUGAUAAGUUUCUCAGAACUGCAGAAGACUUUCACCCACUGUUGCACUCGUGUAUAUGGUUGAGUGAAACUAAUGAAGUCAUGCCGUUUAUUGUCAUAUAAAGUGCGUCUUUUUACCAGGGCCGAGGCGUUGACAGACCAUGUGAGAUCUUCUGUGAUGUGGAUGCAAAUGAACUUGAAGCUACUGAUCAUCUCCACUGAUGUUUAUGGGGUGUUGUUCUGUGUUUCCUAAAGUCCACAAUGAGUUAUUCAGUUUUCUUUGUGUUAAGGGUUCAGGGCCCGUAUCCCUAAAGAAUAUUUGUGCAAAAAGUGGCUCCUAGCGGCCAAAUUCUAAGAAAAUUCUCAGAGUCAUGACGUUUUCUUAGAAUUUCCCCUAAAAGUGACACGAAAAUCCCAGUUAAUAUAAAAGCUAUUCCUCAAGAUUCAUAGCGCUUAAAAGGGCUCCUAAGGCGAGAUCUGCUAAGAGCAGGGAAGAGGACUUUUAGUGGUUUAGGAGUUCCCCUAAGCAGCUGCACAAAAUGGCCAACAGAGGAGGCAGGAGAGAUGUCCUGCAAACACUGGAUGACAGGGAAUUAUUGAGACGCUAUAGAUUGGAUCGUGCAGGAAUCAUGUUUGUGGUGGAUCUCCUUAGAGAUGCAAUUACUUCACCAACUCGACGCCACAACGCUAUUACACCGGAGAAGAAAGUAAUCACAACCCUGAGGUAUUUGGCAACAGGGAAAAUGCAACAAUGCAGCAGUGAUGACUUGGGUCUGUCCCAAUCCUCCGUCAGCAGAGUCAUCACCCAAACACUGACAGCUUUGUCACAACCUAAUAUUGUGACACAAUUUGUUUCAUUCCCGCUGGAUGCCCGUACUUUACACACACAUAAAAGGGCAUUUAUGGACAUUGCAGGAUUCCCUGGCAUUGUAGGUGUAAUUGAUGGAACACAUGUGAGAAUAAUUGCGCCAUCAGAGGACGAGGCUGUCUUUGUUAACAGGAAGAAUUUCCACAGCAUCAAUGUGCAAAUAGUGUUCAAUGCGGCCUGUAAGAUUUUGGACAUUGUGGCUAAAUGGCCAGGCUCCACACAUGAUGCGAGAAUGCUCUCCGAGAGUGGCAUCAGACAGCUUUUUGAGAGACGCUAUGUGCCAGCUAAUUGCCACUUGUUAGGGGACAGUGGCUACCCAUGCAAACCAUGGCUCCUUACACCUUACCUCCAGCCACGCCAAGGGCCCCAACUAAACUAUAACAGGGCCCACAAGACAACAAGAGCGGUGGUGGAGCGUGGCAUAGGCCAGCUUAAGAGGCGCUUUCAUGUUCUCCACGGAGAGGUGCGGCUGAGGCCUGAAAAAGUCAGCAAAGUCAUCAUAGCCUGUGCAAUAUUACACAAUAUUUGCAAGGUUAGACAGAUUGCAGAACCUUUGGAGGAUGGCGAUGAGGAUGAAGACAACGAUGAGGAUGGUGGUGAAGAUGAUAUUCACAUUCCACAGGGGAACCUAGCCCAGAGGAUGCUGACGGAGCAGGUGCUGCGGAUGGGAAUGGUGUUUGAUCCGCCGGGCUAUCCUGAGUAG